AUGGAGAACAAAUCAAUCCCUCAAUCCCAUUCUUCUUUAGGGUUCUUUCAAAUCAUCAAGGAGUCCUUCAAAACCACAAGCAGAAAUGGAAAAGUGCUAGUUCCGAUCAUGCUCUUUGUUUUUGUUUCAUUUUCUAUGUUAGAUUUUGCUGAAAAGUAUUUACUUGCACCUGUCGUUAAAGAUAUUGUGUUGCAGUUGGCUAUACACCCCAACAUGAUUCAAGAUCUCAGCAAUAGUAUCGACCAAAACAUGUAUGCUGGUGCCCUCAACGAUGUUCGUGAAAUAGUCCUUGUCAAUCUGUUGAUAAUGGCCAGUUCCUCUAUCAUCACACUAACUUUCCUAGUGGCCAUAGUUUCUUCUUCAUAUGAAGCUUACACAGCGAAAGUAAUAUCCUCAAAAGACUUAAACUCUAUAAUAAUGAAAAGUUGGAAAAGACCAUUAGAAUCUAGCUUUUACAUGGGUUUGCUGAGUUUGGGUAUCGUUUUUCUUUACUUCAUUUCUUUCUGUAUAACCGCCAUGUUGGCAGUAAAUUCAUGGGCACUUCUCUUCUUUGGAGUUAUCAUUCUUACAAUCCCAGUUUGUUACAUUUACAUGGCCACCCUGUGGAUGGUUAGUAUGGUUGUUUCAGUCUUAGAAGAAGGUUAUGGCGGUGUUAAAGCAAUUGGGAGGGCUGCGGAGCUAAUGAAAGGGAAAAGACUACAAGCGUCACUGAUGAUGGUUCUAUUUUCAGUUGCCUAUUGUGUUGUUAAUCAGAUGGCUAUUCCCCUUACGAGCUAUAACUUGAGCAUGAGCACACAAUUGGCUAUCAGGAUUCCUUUCACUAACGGACUAUUCUGUUUAGUGACACUCUUUAUGUUUGUGGUGUAUACCAUUUUCUACCAUGAACGGAAAACAAGCCAUGACAAAAAGGAAGGGAAAGGAUUUUAUCUUCCAAUUGCUGCUGGUGAAGUUUAG